AAAUCUUAAAAUAUCAUCAAUAUCUAGCGUACUGAUGUAAAGCACAUAAUUCUGAUGUUGAUGACGAUAAUAAUAAUUUCUUCAACAAUAAACAUUCUUGUGACUGUUUCUCAGCACAUUGGGAAAAACUCUGCCGUGGGUCCUGAGGAAUUCUUGCCACUUAGAGCAGUGUUUCUCAACCUUGCCCACUUUAAGAUGAGUGGACUUCAACUCCCAAAAUUCUUCAGCCAGCACUUUUAGUCCACACAUCUUAAAAGAUCAGGAAACGCUGACACGGAACUACAUAAUCAAAGGGUGGUCAGAAUCACAACCUAAUGGGACUCCAACAGAGGUUGCCCAGGUUCUAGAAUCCACUCAGUCAUUCCAUCUGCAGCAGUUAAGGCCGUUGAUCCAAGCCUUUCCAGAUGCGUUUCUUCUCCACGUUUAGGGUUUAUUUCCCAUGGGCAGUAAUCGUGCCCCUUUCUUUAUGCCUGCCCCCAUCACUGGUGGCAUCUAACCACACCUAUUGGCCAGAAGAAGACAAACCCCAAACCUCAUCUGCAUGGGACACUAAUGGUGAAGAUGGCUCAUUCAGAGUUGUAGAACUUCUUUCAAGAACCUGGAAGCAACUGAGAGAUGGGUUUUCUCUACAGCAUCGUUGGGUUUGGAGAUCCAUUUUGAGGCAUAAUAUGCUUCCGUGCUCGGGACAUGUGGCACUGGAACUAGUCUUUGAAGGAAGUGACAUCCGUUUUUCUUCAACCUCCACCCACAUCACAAUCCAGGGUGUCUCCUGCUCCUACGGUGUGCCUCGUCAUCUUCACCAAUGUCUGAGAAUUAAGUUGUUUUGCCAAGAUGUUCCUCUCUUCCUGCUCUGGCCAUCCACAUUCCCCAAACAUGACUGGAAACAAAUGUGGCUAGGCUGCUGUGCAUGCCUUGGUAAAACAAGAUGGUGCCAUCAUUGUUUUUAUAGACGGGGUGGCCUUCCAGCCCCUUUUCUUCCCAUCGGCCAUCAUCCAAAUUCUUCACCAUGUAACCACUACUGUGAUGGUCGGCUGCCCCACGGGUGCUCCUCCUAUUUCAGGUAUUGUCAGAUUGCACACUGCGCCCACCAAGGACUGUCCAUUCCUUCCUUCCAUAUCAGGCAAGGCCCUUUGGUCAGGCCUAAUUUGGACAUGCAGGUAGAACCCAUUGUAUUGCAUCUUUACAGUGCCCAUUCUAAAUUACUCCACAUCUCUCAUAGGACUAUCAAUUUAUUCUGGAAUGUCUCCUCAGCCAACUCCCAACGAAAGAUCUACAGCCUGGUGGAUGCUCACAGUGGACGGUUCUGGUCUACCAUAUACAAUCCAUAUGCUUUACGGAAUAAUUACUCCAUUGCUCCUAGUCCGCCAUCUUUCGGGAACAAAGUUGUGGCUCGUUUCUCUUUGGUUCUUGAAGAGGCAGCCUCUGGAGAUUUGAGUGGGGCACUAGAUUUCUCAGGUGCCAUUUUAGGUCUAAGGAUCAGGAAUCAGCCUCUGGCUUAUCUUACUCUCAGAGAUGCACGGAAAAUCAAGGCAGACAUCUAUUUUUUUACCCCCAGACAGGGGUUCUCCUAUCUUAUCAAAGGCUCUUCUAAUGACUUGCACAUUCCUUCCAGCAUUUACUAUCUUUUUUACCAACAGCACGGUCUCUCUUACUUGAUCACCAUUGAAUUUGUCCACUGGUGCUGCUAUAGAUUCAGCAUCCAUCUGUAUCUUAACCAAAAAGGAGUCCCUCUGAAGUCUUCUUCAGAGGAAGAUGUAGAAAUUCACCUUUUCAACAGUGGCCCUGCGUUUGUGCCAGAUUCGGUCUAUGUCGCUUGGUUCAUUCCCCUGCAGAACCCAUUACUACAGCAUAAGUGGACCUUCAACCUACAAUGUUUGGAUGUAGAGAAGGAAGCUCUUCUCUGGAAUGCUACUUACAGUUACAGAGAUCGAGUCCAAAAUGCUGCCUGUUUUAUAUCUGAUCUUCCUCUUAACCCUGCUUUAUAUGCAGGCUUCGUAGCACAAGUCAACUGCAGACGAAUCGGCCAAAUACAUAUCCUUUUAGAAACCAGAGUCAGUACUUAUACCUCAAAGGCCCUGAAGUCUACAGUGGAUUGCCUUCCAAGAUUCUGUUUCCUUAAAAGAGUAAAAAUCCAGGAAUCCCAUGAUACUAAUCUUGUUUUAAAUUACAGUAAAAAUUACCCAUUCCUUCUCUCAGCUGAUAUUGAGGUGAAUUGUUCAGAAUCAAGGCAAGCACAUACUGCCUGGAGAAUCUAUAAAGUUCCAGAUAUGAAGACCGAUCCAGACUGGUCAAAACCUUUGAAUCCUUCUGGAAUUGGGAAAAAAGAUCUUUCAACCUUAAACAUUCCUGCUGGCAGCCUAGAUGAAGGCUUGUAUUUAUUCAAUUUGACCAUAACAUUAAUCACGGGGGACACUUUAGAGAAAGUAGAGGAUUCCGAUUCAGUAUUUGUGAAGAUUAGACCCAACAGACUUUGGGCGGUUAUUGCUGGAGGUGAUUUGCGGACAGUCAGAUUUUCCGACCGGUGGAUUCUGGAUGGGUCUGCCUCUUCUGAUCCGGAUGCCCCCCAACCCUUUCAAGGCCUCACCUUCACUUGGUACUGCUCCAAACAAAAAGCAGACUAUAUUUCCAUGACUUUGAGCGAGAGUGGGAAGUGCCGCCCAGAUCAGGCAGAUCUGAAGUGGACCGCUUCUUCAGAGGCCGUGCAAACAGUUCUGCCGCAAACACUUCAAGAGAAGGCCACGUACUACUUUCUCCUGGUGGUUCAUAAAGGAAGGAGACAGGCUCAGGCUGAGCAAAGGGUCCACGUGCAGCCUGAUGCUUGGCUAGUAUUGAACAUUACCUGCAUUGAGAACUGUGGAAGAUCUGUGAAUCCCAUGGAAAGAUUUUGCCUGUUUGGCAAAUGCCUAAAUUGCAAGAGGUUUAAUAAGCCUCAAUUUCACUGGUCACUUUUUUCGGGAAAUUCCUCCGAGCUCCAGUUUGACUGGGCCUCCAGAACUUCAACAGGAAGAACCAAUCCAUACCUCUGUAUGAAACCGUUGAGCUUGAUGCAUAUGGCAGAAUCCUCCUUUACACUUGUAUUUAAAGUAAGCCUGGAGGGAUAUGAACCAUUGCUCUAUGUCUACUCAUUUGUGGUAAAUAUACCUCCAGCACUUGGAAAGUGCAGCCUUAACCCUCCCACAGGAAUAGCCUUUCUAACAAAAUUUUCUGUUCAUUGUAGUGGAUUUACAGAUCAGCAUUUGCCUCUUACUUAUAAGGUCAAAGUGGCAUUAGAUGCAAUGCAAGUGCCUAUUAGAGAAAACAGUACUUUGGGCACCAUUGUCUAUUUUGGUGAUCAAUGCAAAAGUCCGCCCUCUUUUUUACCCAUUGGUGUAUCUUCUAAGCAAUAUCUCUUGACCUUAUAUGUCCAAAUAUACGAUGAUCUUGGUGCUUAUUCCCAAAUUACAUUACCCGCCAUGGUGUACAGUCCACUGAAAGCCAAGGAACCAGAGGCUGUGUUAAAGGAAUUGCAUAGCUUAACCAAUGGAACAUUAGCUCCCAUCACAUACUUUCUCAACAGGAGAAAUUAUUUUAGCGCAGGAUAUUUUGUCCACAUGGUGGCUUCUGCUUUAAAUGAUCUAGAAGUGCUUCCGAGACUUCAUUCCUUUAAGACCAAACUGCGUGAAAUUCUUUUAAAUCAUUUGGCUGGGAUUCCAACAACAAAUAUAAUGGAGGCAAAUCACAUGAUCUCAAGUAUUUUGCAGAUAACCCAAGAAAUUGGGGAAAUGAACAGGAAGUCACAGCUUCUUGUGGUCCAAAAGCUCAAGGAGGUGACUUGUGGGUUGAGAAGACAUAACAGAGAAAAGGGAGGUUCUAAGGAGAUCCAUGAUCUUGGAGCUGCUAUUCUUGCUGGGUUAUCCAAGGUCCUGAAAGCUUCUCUGUUAAAAAACCCACAAAGCCACAGAGUUGUCGCUGGGGAAACCGUCUCUGCCACUGAAAUUUUAGCAGACCUCCUUUUACAAGGCAAAGUCCCAGGAGAAAAUGAAACCACCAUAGGAGCGGAUGACUGGACCAUCACAUUAAGGAAAGAGGAAAAGCGUGAUAUUUCCAAAACUUUUGCUACGAAGAGAGACUGCCGAAACAACUGUUUCUAUGCCAAAAUGAAGCAGGUGGAAUAUGACCGGCUGCCCGAUGACACAGUAAUUUCUACGGUACUUUAUGACUUUGACAAGAGUCCAUUUUUCGGGUUGCCAUCUUUGGACGACAUAAGCACAAGAGUGGGGGGGUUCAAAAUGGUAGGAACUAAAUCUAAUGGCGAAGUGAUUGAAAUCGUGCCUGAUGUGGUGGAAAUGAUCCUGACCAGAAAUGAGGACACGACAGCUGUGUUUGAGAUGUUGGUGGAACGCAGCCAAAACUUCCCUGAAGCAUCUGGAGGACUCAAUUUGGAAGUCCCUAGAAACUCCAAAGACAUCUUAAUCCAAAUAGUGACAAAACUAAAGCUCACUUUCCAGGUUUUGAUAUACGUGGGUCUCAAACUUACUCAUCCUCCAAUAGCUACUUUUAAUGUUUCCCACAAUAAGCCUGUGGUCUCAAAAACUAAGAAUCCCACAGGUCAUGAUUGUGUAUUUCAGAGGCCGUAUGCUUUUUGCCUUUCACAAAAGUUACUCAAAUCCGUAUUCCAAGGCAGCAGAGCUGAAAAACGAAAUGUUUCCAUCAUUUUCCGCUCUGACCACUUUCUGCAGGGCCACAACAACUCAGGGAGACUUGACCUCGCGCUGUUUACAGCAGACUGCUUGUAUCUGGAUGAUGUCCAAACACACUGGAGGCAAGACACGUGUCAUCUCGGACCUCAGACUACAUGGCAAAAGCUACACUGUGUCUGCACAGGCAAAAGACGCCCUGUGAGGACCGUUGACACACCAACAGGAAGAACCUUCACAGGAAACAUCACAUUUUUAGCAGGGAAGGUGACCGUUUAUCCUGAUCCAGCAGAGAUGAGAAAGAUCCAGCUGGCUCAAAUCCAGAAAAACCCAGUGACAAUCUUGACCGUAGUUUUCAUUUUUCUUACCUAUAUCAUGUUGGCUAUUUGGGCAAUGAGGAAAGAUAAGGCUGAUGUAGAAAGCAAAGCCCACACCAUUGUCUUGCCUGACAACGACCCCUUUGAUAAGGUUUGCUACUUGGUCACCAUCUACACAGGCAGCCGUGUUGGGGCAGGAACCACAGCCACCGUUUUCAUCCAGUUGAUAGGGGACCAAGCAGUCAGUGACGUCCACUGCUUGAGCCACCCUGAACACGUGCCUUUCCUCCGUGGGUCCAUCAAUACCUUCCUCCUGACUACUAAGAAUGACCUGGGAGAAAUUUAUUGCCUUCAAGCUUGGCACGAUAAUGCCGGUUCUUCUCCUAACUGGUUCCUGAGUAGAGUCAAGGUGGAAAACAUGUACACCAAGCAGUCUUGGAUGUUCAUGUGCCGAAAAUGGUUUGCUCUGGAUAAGGACAAUGGUCUAAUUGAGAGGGUGUUUGUUGCGGUCCAGCCAUUGGCUCCUUUAAAAAAAAUGGAUUUUUUUCUCAUCAGCUUGGCCAAGGAUCUUGCAGACAAUCACUUAUGGUUCUCCCUUUUUGCCCGCAUGUGCACAGGUUCUUUCAACAGACUUCAACGGCUGUCUUGCUGCUUAGCCACGGUCUUCUGCAUCCUGCUAAUCAACAUGAUGUUCUUCAAGGCUGACGAGGAUCAGCAGAUGCAUCCAGGACAACUGCAGUAUCUGAGGUUUCUAAUCAUUGGAGUUCAGAGUGCCUUCAUCUCGGUCCCUUUGCAGAUGAUUAUAACAGCUCUGUUCAAAUAUUCGCAGAAGGAGCCUUCUGAUCGGAAGGCCACUGAAACUCAGCAAAAAGUGUGUUCUAAUUUAACGGCUGGAAAUCUGAGGAACUGGAAAGAACUCUUGCAGAAAUGUUACCUUCUAGAAACUGCUUCAAAAUUCCCAGGGCCUGGUUUUCCAGACAGCAGCUUUUCCGGCGCCUCCAAUCCCCCAAACCUGGCAGAACAGAAAAAUGUUAGGUGGCGGCAGAGAACAAAAAUCCGUUACAACUGCACAAUCCCAGAGGGGGAUGCCAAUAUAAUUUCAACGGAGGAGGAGGAGGCUUUGCAAGUUGGCCAUACCAACAUCAAUUUUAACAAUAAUUGUGCGGAGAAGGAGGCAGGCCACCAAACGAGGCCUCCCAAUACUCCCAGCAUGCUUUUCUUCAAAAGGCCCCAGAGCAUAUCUUGGUGGAACAGAUACGCUUCGUGGAUGCUGGUCUUGGUUAUUUCUGCCGCGUCCUCUUUUUCUAUCAUAUUAUAUGGCGCGUCUCAGGACUAUGAAACCUCUUUAGAAUGGCUCGCAGCCUCCGCCAUCUCGCUACUGGUCAGCAUGUUCUUCCUUCAAACGCUGAACGUCCUUUUUUUUUCAGCCCUAAAAUCGCUUCAUCCCAAUUCCAGUGAAAGCAUCCCGUGGUCCAUCAAGGAAACUUUCCUAGAGAUUAAGCUGAAUGGACCAAGUAUGAAUGCUGACGACAUGCGAGAACUGCAUUAUGACCUCGUAAGAAUGAGGGGCACCAAGCAGUACCAGCCUUUGGAAGAAGACGAGGUCACCAUUUUUAAGAAAAGAGAGAAGAUCCGACAUCAAGCCUUUGUUUUCCUGAAGGACGUUGUAUGCCACUUUGUCUUUUUAAUCCUUAUUUUGAACAUUGCCUACUCCAUGGAAAACACCACGAGUUUUUACUACAAUCAGGACAUGAACUCAAAAUUGUCUGAGGGGCUUUUUGAAGUCAGUAAAAUAAAGGAGAUUUAUCUCUGGUUGAAGGAGGUCUUUUUGCAACUGAUUCACAACGACCUGAAGCCAACUUUCCUGCCAGAGACCUGGUCCAAAAUCCUGGGUUUACCCAAAAUGCGGCAGAUAAGAGCAAAGCAUACUAAAAAAGAAUGCUUCUAUCCGCACAGUUUUGUAAAUAAAUUUGUGAUUAGUAAAAGCCACUGUCUUCACAAAUAUGGUGCUGAUGAAGAGGAUCAGAGCGAUUACCUCGGCUCAUGGAAAAACCCAGUUAAUAAAUCUGCACUGAAUCAUUUUGGCAAUUUCACAGGAUUCACCUACCACACAGUCAGAGAUCCCUGGAGAUACAAUUCCUACGGAGAGCAAAAUGUGUACGAAGCAGGAGGAUAUGCUUUCAAUUUUUAUCCAGAGGACACUCUCUCUGAAUCAGUGAAAGGACUGGAGUCCUUGGAAGAAAGCAACUGGCUUGAUGAAAAUUCUUGGGUGCUAAUAGUCGAGAUGACAACUUUUAAUCCUGACAUGGACUUAUUUUGCAGCAUAUCUGUGAUCUUCGAACUUUCUCAUUUAGGCCCCAUUAACACAACUUUGUGGAUCCACUCCUAUAAACUCCCCAUUUUCAAGCAGCUGGAACAAAGGGAGAAGUUUGUUUUCAUCUUGGUGGGCUACAUGCUGGCCUUUUACAUCAUUGACGAGUUUUGCGUGGUGGAGCAACAGAGACUCAACUACCUAAAAAACGUAUCCAAUUUAAUUAACUUUGGCAUAAAGGCCGUGUGCUGUUUUUUCCUUCUGCAACUCGCCUUCAAGUUUAAGCUGGCUUCGAGCCUUAUCGAUCUCUAUCUCCGUCAGCCGAACGAAUUCAUCCCCUUCCAUAAAGUUUCUUUUGUUGAUAAAACCUUGCGGGUCACUCUAGGGUUUUUGGCCUUCCUGAUUGUCCUAAAAACUCUCAGAUACUCCCGUUUCUUUUACGACGUGCGCCUGGCCCAGAGGUCCAUUCUGGCCGCCCUGCCAGGGAUCUGCUCCAUGGCUUUAGUAGUGGCAGUCUACUUCUUUGUCUACAUGGCCUUUGGCUACCUUGUCUUUGGCCAGUACGAGUGGAACUACAACAAGAUGAGCCACUCGGCCCAGACUGUCUUCUCCUACUGUGUCUCGGCCUUCAAGGACACAGCUUUCACAUCCAACCGUGCCCUGGGCGGACUCUUCCUGGCCACCUUCAUGAUGGUGAUGAUCUGCGUCUUGAUCAACUUAUUCCAAGCAGUGAUCAUGUCGGCCUACGAGGACAUGAAGCAGCCGGUUUACGAAGAGCCUUCUGACGAAGCCGAAGUGGUCAAUUUUCUCUUCCAUAAAAUCCGCCGGAUAUGGGCUUUCGUCACCUUUAGGCCUGUAUCGACCACAGACACAGAGCUUUUUAAUCGGGUUCUUUUUGGGCUUCCUGAGCGCAAAACCACGCAUCACCUUGGACUCAAAGCCCGGAAAAUAAAUGGGCGGAAAAUGGUGUAUCUGGUCAUCUGAGUCCUGGUUAUAAAAAGGACCAAAAAAGGGAAAAGGAAUGAGGAAGAAUGAGUUGCUCAAAUUAUGACUUGAAUUUCUAAAAUCCUGUUUCCAGUCUAGAUUAUCUUUGUUUAUUCACAGCACAAUUUUCUAGAAUAAUUUUUCUUCAUUACUGGCAAGCCAAUCGGGAUGAAAAAUGAAUAUACGUCAGUCUGAUUUCUUCCAUUUUCAUGCCUGCCUGCCUGCCUGCCUUUGUCAUCCUGGAUAUGGAGAAACAAAAAUGAUCAGGACCAAGACUUUUAUGCAACUAAAUGUUUCAGAGGGAAUUUCAUAAACAUUAGAGCACCUUAUUGAAAAAGAACGAUCACCUUCAAGAUUAAAUAACAUUUUAAGUCUUUUUAUUGUUCUGUUUUUAUUUGUAACAUUUUCAAAACUGUUAUUCCACGUUCUGCCUUAACAAUAGAAAUUGCACAAUAUAUCGGUUGGGAUCCAUUAGGGGUGUCCACAGGGUGGAUAACAAAUAAAUAAUAAUAAAUAAAGUGUGCGUGUGCACAAGUGUGUACAGGGAGUCCUCAACUUACGACCUUUCCUUUAGUGACCAUUUGAAGUUACCACAACACUGAAAAAACUGACAGGGCUGUUUUUCACACUAAUGACCGUCGCAGCACCCCUUGGCGACAGAAAUAAUGGGCUCAGUUGUGGGUGCAAGUGGAGGACCACACAGCACGUGAAGAAGACCAGGACACUUUCGCCAAGGCUGCCUUUUCAUAAAAUGUCUGAAUGGGGAAAGGCACCACGGGGGCACUGCUGAUUUCUGCCACCCUGGGCGACCCGGCUUCCACUCCGAGAGAGAGCGAGGCUGCCUUGGCAGGCGGGCUUGUCCUCACACUCUGACCCACCUCUGCAAAUCUUCUUGCCAGCACAGGGGGCGUAGCUUGCCCCAGUCCACCUCACUGAGUCUUUUCCAAGUUUCCAGGGCUCCCGCCCUGCCACCCUGGGAUUACCUGGUGGUCUCCCAUCCGAGGAAACCGCCCCAUGGUCAGCCCGGUUCCGCUGCUCCCUUGGGGCUCUCGUCGGGCGGACUAGCGGCCCUGGGCUGGAGUGGGGAGGCAGCUACGGGAGUCUUGCCUCGUCCCCUGAACGGAUGGAGAAACCGACAUUGGUUUGCACGGGAUUUCCUUGCGGCAAGUCCGUUUAAUUGGGCGUCAUCAUCUGUGUCUGUCUGUCUGUCUGUCUGUCUGUCUGUCUCUGUGUGUGUGUGUGUGUGUGUGUGUGUGUGUGUGUGUGU